AUGACUGAAUCAACGAAAAGGAAAGCCCCUAGCUCUGGAGGUGACAAGUCUCAUCUGGCGAAAAGGAGCAAAGGGGGCAAGGGAUCGGGUUCAUGGCAGACCCCUCAUCAGAAGUCCAAGAUUGCCAAUCUUCAAGACCGGGAUGCCACACUCGAAAUAGGCGACAAGGGCAUCUGGGUCACUUUUGCUCGUGGUAUGGACAGGAAGGCCAUCAGUGAAUUUAACAUGCUGUGCGACGAGUACGGGAAAACACUGUACGGCAUCGUUCCGCCCAGGCAGGACGUCGAAUCAGGCGACGAGGACGAAGACAUCGAGACGUCUAUCAAGAAGGAGCUCGACGGCAUGAGCUCUUCCAACAAGACCAAAACAAAGCGCAGUUUCAAGGCAAUCCGGGCCGGUAUCGAGUGUGUCUUCUUCAUGAAGACGAGAGAUCCUGUUGAGCCUGUUGCACUGUGUCGUCGCAUGUGCCAAGAUGCGGCCAUCUGCACUGACAUGAAGAAGCGCAAGACCAAGUACGUCAACAGGUUGACCCCGGUCACUGCCUUGGACAAGGCAUCAGAGAACGGUGUGAAGAGGGCGGCGAGAAAGGCUCUUGCCCCGUGGCUCGUGCUAGUGGCGAGUAGUGAUGCUGAAGCAAAGGAGGAGGAGGAGGAGGAGGAGGUGAAGGCAAAGAGCUCAGCAGCCGAUGCUCAGCCAUCGGGAGUCAAGACCGAGAUAUCCAACGCAGAAGACGGCAAGCAAGACGAAAGGCAGGCGUAUACGUACGCCAUCCGGCAUUCUAUUCGCAGUAAUAGCUCCAUUGAACGCGACGAUCUCAUCAAACAGAUAGCCUCCGUUAUCGACCAACGCCAUAAGGUCAACCUCGGCAACCCGGACAAGGUGAUCCUCGUCGAUAUAUUCCAGAGCUACUGUGGCAUGAGCGUCAUUGACGGGAGCGACUGGGAUGGCUUGAAAAAGCUCAACAUCAAUGAGAUGUACAAGGUGUCGCCAGGCGCGAAGCCAAAAGCACCUGCUGCCAAGGCGGAGGAGGGCCAGGCGUUGUGA